AUGCUUCAUCUUCUUUUCAAUUUCCAUUCAAGCAGUCUGUACAUCAAGCAGGUUCAUUUCCUUCUUCUCCAUUUUACUCCUUUCUCCUCCAUCCCUCUCCAAUCCUCUGCAUCGCCUACAAAACCCACCAGAAAUAAUGCAUCUUCGGAUAACUUUCGUGGCAUUGCAAAACAUGUGAUAUCCAAGUGCUCACAUGGAUUCCAUCUGUUCAAGAAACAAGAAUCCAGAUUGGGUUUCAAUGCGGCAGCAAAAAUUUUGUGCUUGAGGCUAAAAAGGCUAAAUUUUUUUGGGGGAUUUUUAAGCGGGCCAGUUAGCAGACUAAGGGUUUUGAACAUCUUCCUCAAUCUUACAAGAUCAUGGCCGAAAAUUGAAUCGACUUUUAGCUUCGAUUCUACUACCGUCGUGAAGUGUCAGGCUGCAGUGUCGGUGUUGAUGCUGGCCGCCGUCGUCCCAAUCUCCCUUACCGGAGUCGUACUUCUGGAGUAUGGCCAAGAGACGGGAAGAGAAGAGUUGAAUAUGAAUUGACUAUAUUGCCCCUUUACUUAACACCCGUUUGGCAGCUUAACUAACGGAGGACAAUUUUGAGCGAUAACACAAAAGUUUGAGACUAUUUUAUGACAUCAAAGUUGUUUAGGA